AUGCAUUACUCCAAAACAGCGACAGCCUGCACCAUCAACCAUCGGCCGCAACUUCCUGCCGCCGCCUCCCGCCUCGCAGGACCAGAUGACGAGUUCUCACUCUCCGGUCUGGCGAACCGCUGUCACAACAGCAAGCUGCAAGUGCCCGCGAGCAUAUGCGGGGCGCCCAAGCGAAAACACAUUGUUACACGUCCUCGACUAGCGAACAGUCGUCAACACUCACCAAUAAUAAUUCUGCGAGCAACGCAUCGAUACGAGGGUGGUGAGAAAUUGGGCGGCAUGCAGUAG